ACCGAGUUUCAAAGUUGUGUUUUCACAUGGCAGAGCCAUCAUGGUCAUGAAAUUUUUUAUAACCCCUUGUAUUCACCAAAAUCAUCACCCUUACCUGAAAACAAUGUAUCUCAACAACCCAGUUUUUGCUUUCGUCCUUGUAAUAAUCUUAGUUAUUUCUCUCACAAAUGCCCAAACCUGUUUAGAAACUGGUAAUAACUUCACCACCAACAGUCUGUUUGCUCGAAACCGUAACCUACUCCUCACUUCUCUCCCAACAAACGUGUCUAAAAAUGGUGGUUUCUUCAAUACUUCCAUUGGUGAAGGACUCAACAGAGUUUAUGCUCAAGCACUAUGUCGAGGUGAUUUGUCUGGAGAAGAUUGUUUCGUUUAUGUCAAUUUUACAGCUCAUCAAUUACUAUCAAGUUGUAAAAACCAAACAGAAGCAUUCUCAUGGGAUGGUGACAUACCAUGUCUUGUUCGAUAUUCCGAUAAGUCUUUAUCCGGUGUAUUAGCAUUGGAACCUAUACAAGAAGGGAUUAACCCUAAUGCUAUUACAGAUGUUGCAUCGAAUUUAACGUUGUUUUUUGAGCUUUGGGGUGAAUUAAUGGAAGCUGUGGCCAAAAAAGCUUCAAUGGGAUCUUCAAAGCUUAAAUAUGCAACUGGUAUGGCUGAGGAAAUUCAAGCAUUAAUGCAAUGUACACCGGAUUUGUCCGAAAGUAAUUGCUUAACUUGUUUAAGGACAUUGAUUCGUCGGUAUACCGCGUGUUGUCGUACUUAUCAAGGCGGUUACGUCGAAACGCCGAGUUGCCGUAUGCGGUGGGAUUUGUAUAUGUUCUUUUCGCCUACUGCCGAUACCGUACGAUUAUCGCUUUCAUCUCCGCCUCCUGAUUCGAUCGAUAAUCCAUUAGCAACAAUAAAAGACAAUAAGGAAAGCAUUUCAUCAAAAACUAUUACAAUCAUCGUCGUGCCGGUCAUCGUUUUUGUAGCAAUAGUUGCCGCCGGUUUCGUCCUUCGACGAAAAACGAAAUCGUCAAAACAAGACAUGAAUAACAAGGAUAAUGGUUUGGAAUUGGAAUCACUUCAAUUUCAAUUGAAAUCUGUAAUAAAGGCAACAAACAAUUUCUCCCAUGAUAACAUGCUUGGACAAGGUGGAUUUGGUGCUGUUUAUAAGGGUAGGUUUGAUGAUGGACAAGAGAUAGCUGUGAAGAGAUUAUUUAAUGAAUCUGGAGAAGGCGACGACGAAUUCAAGAAUGAAGUCAUGUUAAUGGCAAGGCUUCAACAUAGGAAUUUGGUUAGGCUUAAAGGGUUUUGCUUGGAAAGAAAAGAAAAGCUUCUUAUAUUUGAGUUUGUGCCUAAUUCAAGCCUCGACCAUUUUCUAUUUGAUCCGAACAAACGGCUACUGAUAGAUUGGAACACAAGGUACAAAAUCAUAACAGGGAUAGCUCGAGGAUUACUUUACCUUCACGAAGAUUCUCGGUAUCGAAUCAUUCACCGUGAUCUAAAGGCUUCGAACAUUCUGUUAGACGAAGAAAUGAACCCCAAAAUUUCCGAUUUCGGAAUGGCAAGGUUGUUCAAAGCCGACCAGACUAGAGAUAAUACAAGAAGGGUUGCAGGAACAUUUGGAUACAUGGCUCCGGAAUACGUAAAGCGUGGGAAGCUUUCACUUAAAUCUGAUGUUUACAGCUUUGGUGUAUUGAUUUUGGAAAUCAUUAGUGGUGACAAAAUCAGCCAUUUCCAUAACAAUGGGGCGGAUCUUCUUACAUAUGCCUGGAGAAAUUGGAGAGAAGGAACGAGUUUAAAUCUGGUAGAUGAGCAUUUGAGGGGCAGUAGUCGUGGGUCAAGAAGCGAAAUGACGAGAUGCAUUCAUAUAGGGUUGCUAUGUGUUCAAGAAAAUGAUGAAAAUAGACCGUCCAUGAACUCGGUCGUUCUUAUGCUUAGCGAUACUUCUGUAUCAAUGUUGAUGCCAUCGACACCGGCUUUUAUGAACCUCAAUAGUGCCACCAUUGUGCAAACCAUUGUGCAAUCAGAGACACCGGCUUCAGCAUCGUCAAAUUAUAAUAAUUCAGAUCGAUUCACUAGAAAUGAGGUUACAAUCUCCACGUUAGAUUCUAGAUGAGACAUAAACAUGCAGGAGAACGAGUAAAUAUCCAUUUUAUCAAGGUUCUAUCGGUUAAGAGUGUCGUAAAAACUUGUUAGGAUUCCUCUUCACUUCCAUUUAUCGACAAAGGUGCCUAAUUCAAAUAAUGGACUAUUUUCAUCUUCAUUUCAUCUGUAUAUUUUAUGAAAAUUAAGAAGUUAAUCAUUCUAAUGCAAUCUAAGACUUUGA